AUGGCCAGGGCGGAGCCGGGCGAGUGCAAUCUCACACAUCCCCACACGAACGAUCAAACUCCGAUCCGCCCGUCAACCAUCGCUCGGCUGGCCGCCCUCCUCCUCGCCUUCGCCGUCGCCGUCUCCACCACCGCGCUGGCGCAUGGCCGCGACCUCCCGACCCAGAUCAAGCUGACAAAUGGCGGCGGCGUGGUUGGCGGCGACAGGCAGGAGUGCGUGUACACGGUGUACGUGCGGACGGGGUCGAUCUGGAAGGCCGGGACGGACGCCAACAUCACCCUGGAGCUCUACACCGCAGGCAACGCCGACGGCGUGGCCAUCUCGGACCUGCCGUCGUGGGGCGGGCUCAUGUGGCAGGGCCACUCCUACUUCGAGCGCGGCAACCUCGACAUUUUCAGCGGGCGCGGGCCGUGCAUGGCCAGCGCGCCCUGCCGCAUGAGGGUGUCCUCCGACGGCACCGGCCCGCACCACGGCUGGUACUGCAACUACGUCGAGGUCACCGUCACCGUCACCGGCCCGCACCGCGGCCGCGCCCAGCAGCUCUUCACCGUCGAGCAGUGGCUCGCCACCGACGCCGCGCCCUACAAGCUCGAGGCCGUCGUCGACCGCUGCCCCGCCGAUGACGCCGCGUCGGUGUAUGACCGAAUAAGCUCAGCACUAAUUGUCGGCAUGCUCUUCAUGGCUUCAUUGAAAGAUAAUGAGGCUAUGAGAAAAUAUCUCUUAAUAACUGAGACUUUCAAGGUUGAUGGUCAGAGCAGUGUUAAUGGCCUCAAAGAGGCUGCAGAAGUUUGUAUGACUGUCAUAUUCAGGGUCAGAAUAGUAUGCACGUUCUUCCAAGAAUCGAAGCACGUUAGGAAGGUGUACAUCAAUUGA